GUACAAAUAACUUUGAAGCAGAUCUUUCGAGAUUGGAGUGCAGAAGGACAUGCGGAACGAGAACAGUGUUACAAGCCAAUAAUCGACGAAAUAACCGAUUUCUUUAAUCCCAUGAAAUGUAAUAUAGAGAACAUCAAAGUACUGAUACCUGGGGCUGGAUUAGGUAGGCUAAUAUAUGAAAUUGCCUUCAGAGGGUACUAUUGCGAGGGAAACGAAUUUUCACUAUUCAUGCUUAUAGCAUCCAACUUUGUGCUAAACAGAUGCGUAAUUGAGAAUCAGUGUACCUUUUAUCCGUGGGUUCAUCAGUACGUCAACAAUCUCUCUGGGAACAAUCAAAUUGAAGCUAUUACAUUCCCCGAUGUAAGUCCCACGAAGUUUCCACCGAAGGGAACAAUGAAUAUGGUAGCAGGCGAUUUCCUUCAGGUUUAUCGUGAUGCCAACUACUGGGACUGUGUGGCUACAAGCUUUUUUAUUGACUGUGCCAACAAUGUAAUCGAGUUUGUGGAAGUCAUUUACAACAUAUUAAAACCCGGCGGUAUUUGGGUGAAUCUAGGACCACUCUUGUAUCACUUCAGCGACGUCCCUAGCGAAAAUAGCAUAGAACCAACGUACGAGGAUCUAAAUAUCAUUCGUUCCGUGGGUUUCAUUAUUGUGAAAAACAAAACCGAUGUUGUAACCAAAUACGCACAGAAUCCUACCUCGAUGCACCAAAGCGAGUACAAGAGCAUAUAUUUAGUUUGUCAAAAACCUGACUCUGUUGAGUAGUUUGCUGGAAAUGAAAUCGAACGAAAUAAAUUGAAUGCGAUAUCAAUCGUUUAUGCAACAAAUUA